GCUGGUCGCUCUCGGUGGCGUUCGGCGGCUGGGGGCUGCUGCCGCUCGCGUUCCUCUUUGGCCGGCUGUGCGCCGGCCGCGGGCAGCCGGAACGCCGCAGCGGGGCGCCGCUCGCGACGGUGGAGUCGGGGCCGCCGGCUGGCAGCCAGCGCGCGGCCGCCCUGCCCGCGGCGGCGCCGCCUGGGCGAGCCAUGGCGCGAGCUGCCGACAUCCACGAGAUGAUGGUGGCCAUCAACUUCGAGGACGUCCCCAACUCCCACUGGCACGUCAGCAACCUAGAGCAUCGGUUGGACGACCUACGCUGGAUAGCCUUGUCGCUGGACCUCGAGGUGGUGGUGCUCGACCUCUCGCGGCAUAUCGGGGCGGCCCGUCAGGGGGCGGCGGCGCUGGCGGACGUCCUCCGCCCGGCGGGAGCGGCCGCCCCUGCGGGCCAGCCCGGGGGCCAGGCACUCAUCACUGGGCGGCGCUUCGCGGACCCCGCGCACGAGCACUCCGGGGAGGUCGCGCUGGUGGAGAUCAUUCGGAAUGCCUUCUGCAUGGCGAUCAGAGGGGGCGCGGGCUUGGCCGAGGGGGGCGACGACGGCGAACGGCGCUGCACCUUCGCGGAGCGGCCGGCGGCCCAGGACCUCGAGGAUUGGCGAGCGGAGAAGAGCAGCGGCUGCGGCCGAGACGCUCGCACCCUGCCGAUCCAGAGAGACAUGGGCCGCGCCCGCAUCGCCCCUCUGAAGGGUGCGAUCGCCGAGAUGACCUUCUUGACGGACCCGCCGCCCGCGGGCUGGCCGUUUGCCGGGCCGCAGGCGAUCCAGGAUGCGCUCGCGGCGGCGCGGGCAGCCAACGAGGACCUGCCGGGCUUCCACGAGCGCUGGGCGAGGUCGUCGGGCGUCAACCCAGACCGCGCGGUGGCGCUCAAGCACCGGGACUUCUUCUCGGUGCUUCACCACCUC